UUUACAACAUGGCUGCGCCCAUGAAAACAAACGUGAAACACUUUUGUUGUUGACAGCCCUAAUCAUCAGAAGAAACAGUAGAACAUAUAAGAGAUCUGGAACUUUCAUGAUGCUAGUGCCUGAAAUGAUUUUACCUGUUAUCAAACAAUGUCUUGCACGGGUUGUCAGCCAGUCUCGAUGUAGACUCCUGAAUACUGCACAAUGCAUACCCUGUAGUCGAUGUCCACAGCGGAAACUUCACUCUGAUGGUAAAGAACAAGUCCCCCAAGCUUGGCAGGAAUCAUUUCAUCUAGCACCUCCACAACUAGAUCUUCAAUAUCUCUGCAAUCCUCAAAAUACAGAACAAAUUCAUCAAAAUAUUGUCAACAGAAAAGGUGUUGGGGAUAUUCAUAAGGUGGUGUCCUUGUGGCAGGAAUAUAACAAGACCACUGAGGCUGACUACAAGAGGAAAGUAUGGAAGCAGCUGAUCGCAGCAGCUCAGGACAUCCCCAAUACAAGCCACCCCACUUCACCAAUCGGUGAUGAGGAUCAAGCUAGAGUAGUCUCCCUUGUUGGCACAAAGCGAGAGUUUGACUUCAAACCAAAGACAGUGGUUGAACUGGGUGACGAGUUGGGAUUACUGAGAACCGACAAUGUCUCCAUGACAACCGGUGAGAGGACAUACUACUUGAAGGAUGAGUUGGCGAGGCUGGAGCAGGCUUUGAUUCAGUACACAGUAGACAGGGUCAGACUGAAGGGAUUCCAGUUGGUGACGGUGCCUGAUAUGAUUCACCCAGCAGUCAUUGAGAGCUGUGGAUUCAAGACAUCAGGGGAGAGAACUCAGGUAUACAAGCUGGACCCUGACAAACAUGGCGAUGUCUGUCUUGCAGGAACGUCCGAGAUGCCUCUGGCAGGAUAUUUCAUGAAUGAGGAACUGCAGUUAGAUCAGCUUCCAGUAAAAUUGACGUCAAUCAGCCGAUGUUAUCGAGCUGAGACGUCCGAGUUGCAGGAAGAGAAGGGCAUCUACAGAGUGCAUCAGUUUACUAAGGUGGAGUUGUUUAGUGUAAGCAGCUGUGAAGAUGGCAGAGAGAGUGACAGUCUGCUGGAGGAAAUCCUGGAUCUACAGAAGAACCUUUUUACUGAUCUCGGACUGCACUUCAGAAUCUUGGACAUGCCAACUCAUGAGCUGGGAGCCCCAGCCUACAGGAAGUAUGACAUCGAAGCCUGGAUGCCAGCAAAACAGUUCUGGGGAGAGAUUUCUAGUUCCUCCAGUUGCACGGACUACCAGAGCCGCCGUCUCCACAUCAAGUACAAGGGGCAGGACGGCCAUCUCAAACAUGUCCACACAGUGAACGGCACGGCGUGCGCUGUUCCCAGGAUGAUCAUGGCCGUCAUGGAGAACAACCAGAACAAAGAUGGGUCUGUCAGUCUCCCGGAAGUCCUGUGGCCCUACAUGAGGACAGAAGUCAUCACCAAGUCAAACAACAUGCAACCUCACUGGAUCAGACUGAAAAAGAUCAAGUCAAAGAAAUAAAUGUUUUAUUCGUAAA